CAAUGGGCGGGCGGCCCCCCAAGUCCAAGGCGGCGGCGGCGGCAGCGUCCAGAAACGGGAGCCGCGGCCGAGCCCGAGCCGGAGCGAGUGGGUGGCGGCGCCAUGGCGUGCGCGGGGCUGCUCACCGUGUGCCUGAUCCGGCCGCCCGCGCCCGAGCCCCGGCGGCCCCCCGCGCCCCCUGCCUCCGCCGGGCCCACCGGACACGCGCUCUUCCAGGACGUUUUCCGCAGAGCAGAUAAGAAUGAUGAUGGUAAGCUCUCAUUUGAGGAAUUCCAGAAUUACUUUGCUGAUGGGGUUCUCAGCCCUGGGGAGCUGCGGGAGCUGUUCAACGGCAUCGACGGGCACUCCACCAACAAUUUGGAAACAGAGAGACUGUGUGACUAUUUCUCAGAACACCUGGGGGUCUACCGGCCCGUGCUGGCUGCCCUGGAGUCGCUGAACUGUGCGGUGCUCACUGCCAUGGACAGCACCAAGCUGGAGUAUGAGCGGGCCUCCAAGAUGGACCAGUUCAUGACCCGCUUCCUCCUGCGGGAGACGGUGAGCCAGCUGCAAGCCCUGCAGAGCUCACUAGAAGGGGCGUCAGACACCCUGGAGGCCCAGGCCCGGGGCCCACGGUCAGACGAACACAGUGUGGAGGUGCAGAGCAGGUCCCAUGGCAGCCGGCGGGCGGGACGCAGGGCCCUGCGGAGUGUUGGGCGGUCACCCACCUGGUCUCCCGGCUCCUCCUCCUCGGACACAGGGCAGAGCUCAGAAGCCGAGAUGCAGUGGCGGCUCCAAGUCAACCGUCUCCAGGAGCUCAUAGACCAGCUCGAGUGUAAGGCCCCCAGGCUAGAACCUCUGCAUGAAGAAGAGCCUACCCAGGGGCCUGAAUCGCACAUCCUCGUGGCCCAGAGGCAGGUGCAGGUGGCAGAGGAAGCCCUGCAGGAUUUCCACCGCGCACUGUGCUGCUACGUGGACUUCACAGGGGCCCAGAGCCAUUGCCUGCAUGUGUCUGCCCAGAAGAUGCUGGACAAUGCCUCUUUCACCCUAUAUGAGUUCUGGCAGGAUGAGGCCUCCUGGAGAAGGCACCAGAAUUCUGCCUGUAGUAAGGCCUUCCAGCGCAUCCUCAUUGACCACCUUCGAGCUCCGGACACUCUCACCACUGUGUUCUUCCCAGCCUCCUGGUGGAUUAUGAAUAAUAACUGAGCCUGACCUGCAUAAGCCAAGGCCCUGGGGCCCCACCUGCCUCAUCCUGGAACUUCUGGACUGGUCAACUCAGCACCGAGACCAAGGACGCGGCCACUCUUAGAGCUGGGGAUGGGCCCUCAGAGGCGUACCCCCAGACCCAGCUGGUGGAGAGUCUCUCAGCCCAGGGAUCAGGGACUAGGCUGCUUGCUUUCUGUUUAUUUAAUCAGUGUAUUUUAUUGUUUGUAGCUUUGGCCUCUGAGGCACUCUGGUCUCUGCCUGGCUCAGGAGGCUUGGAUUCUGGUCCCCUGUCCCAGCCUUGUGUGACACAGAGCAGGUCGCUUCCCUCUCAGGGUGGGCCUUGGGCUGUCUGGCUGCCUAGUGGGUACCCUGCUUUCUUCCUGCUGUCUUGGGGCCAGGCUUCUGCUCUUCCUCAACCAGCAGCAGAACCAGGGCUGAUGCUCAGGGACACCACCCCCCCACCAAACCUCGAGCCCUGAGGCUGGGCUGGAUCCGUCUGCAUUGUGGGGUAAGGACCUGGGUGUCCCCAUCACCCUCCCGGGCUGGCAGGCUCCCAACUCUUCCAGCAUCCUCUGCUGAACCAGAGCCCUCUGCAGGAUCCUGGGUUGGUUUGCAUGUCAUCUGCAUAUCAUUUGCAUGCUCAUGCCCACCCAUACUCAGGGCACUAUGGGAAGUCCCAAGGUGACCUUGCCAAGUAGCAAUAAUUUGGGCCCAGUGUCACCUGUUCCCUCACCACCCGAGAUGCCUCUGAAUUCCAGUCCAGGACCCCAGCCCAGAGGCAAUAAAGGAAGUGGUCACCUCUGGCGUUGUGUUCUCUCUCUC